AUGGAGCCGGCGGUAGCCAUGAUCGUGCCUCUCGUGCUGACUCUGUGCACGGCGAUGGCCGGCGCGGCAGUCGUGGAGCACACCUUCAACGUGGGUGCCAUGAACAUCUCUCAGCUUUGCACGAAGAGUGUGAUAUACACGGCGAACAAGCAGUUGCCCGGACCGACCAUAGAGGCCAACGAAGGAGAUACAGUGGUCGUCCACGUUGUGAACGAAUCGCCGUACUCAUUAUCCGUCCAUUGGCACGGCAUAUUUCAAUUGCUGAAUGGCUGGGCCGACGGGGCGUACCUGAUAACGGAUUGCUCCAUACAGCCUUCUGGCAAUUUCACGUACCAAUUCAACAUCACGGGCCAGGAGGGAACCCUGUGGUGGCACGCCCAUUCCUCGCUCCUCCGGGCCACCAUCCACGGCGCGCUCAUCAUAAAGCCCAGAAAUGGCACUGCUGGCUACCCGUUCACGGUGCCGUAUGGAGAAAUUCCAAUAAUACUUGGCGAAUGGUGGAACAAAAAUGUGAACGAUGUUGAGAUCGAUGCGCACUUGACCGGCCUAGGACCGGCUAUUUCGGACGCGCUCACCAUCAACGGCAAGCCAGGGGACCAGACUCCCUGCAAAGGUGCCGGUGUCUACGAAAUGGAGGUGGCGUCCAACAAGACAUACCUCCUCCGGAUCAUCAACGCCGCUGUCAAUGUUGAGCUCUUCUUCAAGUUGGCUGGCCACAACUUCACCGUGGUCGCCGUCGAUGCAAGCUACACCGACCCAUACGCCACCGAUAUCAUCGUGAUCUCGCCAGGGCAAACGGUGGAUGCCCUCAUGACCACGUCGGCGCCGCCAGGACUGUACUACAUGGUGGCCAAAGUGUUUGACAGCAAGACCGUCUCGAUACCCUUCAACACCGGCACCGCCACGGGCAUCAUCAGGUACACCAAGGCACUGAACAACACCGUUGCCUCCAUGCCAGCCAUGCCGGCCCACAAUGACAUCGUCACCGCCGGUACCUUCUACUGGUCUCUCACCGGCCUUGCCCGGCCGGGCGACCAGGCCGUGCCAACAACGGUGAACCAUAGCCUGGUGGUGGAGUUCGGGUUGGACCAGGAGCCGUGCGCGCCGGACCAGACGAAAUGCCAGAAUUUCGCGCUCGUGGCAUCCAUGAACGGGUACUCGUUCCAGUUCUCCAAGAACGUGUCUCUCCUUGAGGCGCUAUACGACGGUCUUCCAGCCGUUUACUCCGAGGACUUCCCGAUGUCUCCACCGGCGGUGCCAGUGACCAGGAAGGCGACGUCCGUGAUGAAGGUAAUGUACAACGAAGUGGUGGAGGUAGUGUUGCAGAGCAGGGCGUACAGAAACAACCUUGGUACAGAGAGCCACCCGAUCCACCUGCACGGGUUCAAUUUCUUCGUGCUGGCGCAGGGGCUCGGGAGGUUCGACCCAAGAGAAAGGGGUGCGUUCAACCUCGUGAACCCACAGGUGCGCAACACGGUCGCCGUGUCCGGCGGCGGGUGGGCCGUGAUACGGUUCACGGCGAACAAUCCAGGUAUGUGGUUCAUGCACUGUCACUUGGAUGCUCACCUGCCGUUGGGGCUGGGGAUGGUAUUUGAGGUGCUCAACGGUCCAGCCCCCAAUCUGCUUCCUCCGCCUCCUCUUGGUUACCCGAAAUGCUACUGA